CGCUUACUUAUAUUUAACUACCUAACUACAAGUAACAGUGAGUUAUUGUCCCAAUUGUUGGACUAACUAGUAAGACUUUCUGUACCAGGACACUAAUCCAGAUUGGUCCAUGGGCUUUGAGGUAGGUGGGUGGGUCUGGAGUGUGAAACGGUCACCAGCAGCCCACGGCUGGAACCUGCACGUUGGGCUCCCCUGCUCUCCUGCAGUCGUCAGCAACGCAACAACCGCCAGUUCCAAGAGACCGCCUGGUCACCCUCAGCUUAAUAGACAGACACUCCGAGCAUCAUUUACAAUCACAGCUUGCUGCCACUCCUACCUGCACCUUCUCAUUCAAACGUGUCCAGAUAGCUUUGAAUCAGUCCUCGAUAUCCUUUUUCUUUGUUCUAAGCACCUGCAAAUCUCGACACAUACCUCCACACCAUUUCCACCAUGAACCCUGAAUACGAUUACCUCUUCAAGCUUCUCCUUAUUGGAGAUUCUGGUGUUGGAAAGUCCUGCUUGCUUCUUCGAUUUGCCGAUGAUACCUACACGGAAAGCUACAUCUCCACCAUCGGUGUCGAUUUUAAAAUUCGCACUAUUGAACUCGACGGGAAGACGGUGAAACUCCAGAUUUGGGAUACUGCGGGCCAGGAGCGUUUCAGGACUAUCACGUCGUCGUAUUACCGUGGUGCCCAUGGCAUCUGCGUUGUCUACGACGUGACUGAUAUGGACUCAUUCAACAACGUUAAGCAGUGGCUCCAAGAAAUUGACCGUUAUGCCACCGAGGGUGUCAAUAAAUUGCUUGUGGGCAACAAGAGCGAUAUGGAAGACAAGAAGGUAGUGGAGUACACAGUGGCCAAGGAAUUUGCGGACAGCCUCGGAAUACCGUUCCUGGAGACCUCGGCCAAGAAUGCCUCGAAUGUCGAGCAAGCUUUCUUGACAAUGGCUAGACAGAUCAAGGAACGUAUGGGAACUGCCACCGUCAACAACAAGCCCACUGUGCAAGUUGGCCAGGGCCAGGGAGUUCAGUCUGGCUCUUCUGGCGGCUGCUGUUAGGCGUCUGUGCUUGUAAUUCCAGGUGCUGUCCUUCCAACGUGUAACGGCACAAGGGGGGUUAUGGGAUCCAAGAAGAUGAGCUAGGGGGAAGAUGUACCGGCUGCGCCUCAUCACUGGCUGUCUUCCCAAUGCUAGGGUGGAUGCAGAUCCUUCAUGCUGGGAAUGACCAUAGGAA